UAAUAUUAGAGGAUUCAAUCUGGCGGAAGUGCCUGUUCAAACAUGGCUGCCUUCAGCAAAUUGACGCCUCGGAAUUCAGCGCUGUUGACAGCCGUAGCUGCAGGAUCAUUUCUUGUCUACAAGAAUAUAGCCGAUAAAAGGGCCAGAGGAAAAGAAUCAGACAUUAAAGUGGUUAUCCACGAGAGUGUCAGUCAGAGGAAGGAGAGGGCAGCAGUUGAUGGAGUAUUUUUUGGGCGUCUAUUAAGAAUUCUCAAGGUCCUUAUCCCGGGAUGGUUCACUGCAGAGGCAUGGUACAUGUUCCUAGUGGGUGCGGCACUAGUAGCACGGACGUACGCCGACGUUUGGAUGAUACAGAAUGGCACAUCCAUAGAAAGUGCUAUCAUUGGUCGAGAUAUGGAGUUAUUCAAGAAGUAUCUCUUCAGAUUUAUAUAUGCUAUGCCUCUGAUAUCGUGCACAAAUAAUGCUUUAAAGUAUGGGUUGAAUGAGUUGAAGCUGAGGUUCCGUACAAGAUUGUCUGAGCAUCUGUACAGAAAAUAUCUACAAGGAUUUACAUAUUACAAAAUGUGUAACCUAGACAACCGCAUCUCCAACCCGGAUCAGCUCCUUACUCAGGAUGUAGACAAAUUCUGUGACUCAGUGGCUGAGCUCUACUCCAAUCUCAGCAAGCCUAUUCUGGAUGUCAUCUUGUACUCUGUCAAGCUAACUGGAAGUAUAGGGAUUCAGGGACCUGCUAAGAUGCUGGUUUAUCUAGCUGUGUCCGGUCUAAUACUUACCAGGUUGAGAAGACCUGUUGGAAAACUGACUGUAAUAGAGCAACGACUAGAGGGGGAAUAUAGAUACGUCAAUUCCCGACUCAUCACUAACAGUGAAGAAAUUGCCUUUUAUCAGGGAAACAAAAGAGAACAGUACAUAAUAUUGGCUACCUUCAGAAAGCUGGUGAACCACUUACGGCAUUUCAUUGGGUUCCGGCUAACGAUGGGCUUUGUGGACAACAUAGUGGCAAAAUAUGUAGCUACAGUGGUGGGUUAUCUGGUUGUCAGCCGGCCAUUCCUUGACCUGACUAAUCCUCGUCACAUGAAAAGCACACACAGUGAGAUGCUUGAGGAUUAUUACAAGAGUGGGAGGAUGUUGGUGAGGAUGGCCGAGGCUAUUGGCCGAAUUGUCCUGGCUGGGAGAGAGAUGACCAGACUAGCUGGGUUUACGUCCAGGAUCACGGAGCUCAUGAGAGUUCUUGAUGACCUCAAUAAAGGCCGAUACGAAAGAACCAUGGUGUCGGAUCAGAAUAACUCAAAAGAUGAAAAAACUCAGACAUACAAAGCAGGAUCUGGAAAAAUAGUAAACCAGGACCACCUUAUCAAGUUUGAUAAAGUUCCACUUGUCACCCCCAAUGGAGACGUGCUCAUCAAGGAACUCACUUUUGAGGUAAAGGGCGGAAUGAAUGUAUUGGUGUGUGGUCCAAAUGGUUGUGGUAAAAGUUCCCUGUUCCGAGUUCUGGGCGAGUUAUGGCCAUUAUUUGGAGGCACCCUGACCAAACCAGAAAAAGGAAACCUUUUCUACGUGCCACAACGUCCGUACAUGACUGUCGGGACUCUCAGGGACCAGGUGAUCUACCCACACAGCCGAGAGGAACAACUUAAAAAAGGAAUAAGGGAUUCACAGCUACAGGAAAUCCUAGAAAAAGUACAGUUGUCUUACAUACUGGAGAGAGAAGGAGGAUGGGAUGCAGUACAGGAUUGGAUGGAUGUGCUGAGUGGAGGAGAAAAACAGAGAAUAGCUAUGGCCAGGCUGUUUUAUCAUCGUCCCCAGUUUGCUAUUCUGGAUGAGUGUACGAGUGCAGUGAGCGUUGAUGUGGAGGGAUACAUGUAUCAGUACUGUCGAGAGGUUCAAAUUUCCUUGUUUACUGUAUCGCAUAGAAAAUCUCUGUGGAAGCACCACGAGUACUACCUGAAGAUGGAUGGCCGUGGAGCUUAUGAGUACAAACCGAUCACCUCGGAUACCACUGAGUUUGGAUCUUGAUGAGAAUUGACUUAGAAAUGUGAUAUUAAUUUGUGUGAUAUUUGUAAUGAAAAAUAUUUGUUUCUGAUAUGAAAGAUCACCUGAAUUCUAGUACCAACUGAUGUUGAAGGUAGACCAGGUUUCUUUCUAUUACAACCUGUGUGUUACUUAUAUUUUCAGGACAUAUCUCAAAUAUUAUAAAUAAUUAUCUUGGCAGUAGCACACUCUUAAAUGUGGAAGUUUGAUUUCACAAUUUGAUGACACCAAAAGUGUGAUUAUCUUUAAAUAUCAAUUUGUGAAAAUAUACAAAACCAGGUCAUCACAUCCUCUGCUACACCUGGUUACCCUGCCGAUAGCCAAUACUUUUUGAGACCCCAGAUUUUAAACUUUAACACCAACUAUCAGUCUUGAUGAUCAUGAGUUAGAGCAAAAACAUAUGGUAUUGAUCAAUGUCUCAGUUUUGAGCUGUGUACAAAAGGUUUAUGACUGCCUUAAACAUUGAGUAUUUUAAUUCUCCAUGGCCGUAGUGCACUUAUGUUUUAAUAGUUUCCUGUCUACUAAAAUCAAGAGCUGAGUGUGAGCCGAGAUUUGUAAGGACGAUCUGGACUUUGUAAAUAAAUGUACUGUACAUUUUGUCUACAUAACUUGUUAAACAUAUUUUGUCUUUUAAGUUAUCAAAUGGCAUAAACAGGACAUCUGUAAUUAUGAUUAAUUUAUAAGAAUAAUUUGUUAAAGAUACUAUUUUUACAAUCAAGAACAGAUACUGUAUAUCUGAUGUGAUGAACUGUUGGAGAACUCCAACUUUGCAUUUGAUUGAACUUUUGAAUGUAACAAUAUGAUAUGAUAUAUCCACUUUACAUAGAAUUACAUCUCGCUUCCUCUUGUGGUGGUUUAUUUCCUUUGACGAUUUUAUUAUUUAAUUGAAAACAAAUCCCGGUACACGAGAUAAUAUUUACUUAUUUUCAUGUCAAACUUGUUUCAUUUUCCACAACGUUUAAACGCAGACCUUUUCUGAACUUUAAUCUAGAAAUACAUACAUUCAUAACGGUGAAUAUGUUUGCUAAUCAGAUUUAUAACAUUGUGGAGGAAGCUAUGUGACUUUAUCUAUAUCAUCUCUUUAUAUUACUUGAGAAAAUGGAACAUUACACAGUAUUGUUAUUUUGAUAAAACAAUGUGUAGUUUUUGUUGUUUUCCUUGCUGUUGUGUGAAACAGUUUCAUAUGUAUAGAACAUAGUGUGUGUCCUUUUAAUAGGGAAUACAAAAUCUAAUAUACAUCACAAAAAUGUCCAUUUACAUGUAAUAUACAACAAGUAAGUUAUCACAGCAGUUUAGUUAUAAUAGAUUGCCAUCACUAAUAUGUUGUGAUACACUUUACUUGUUAAAAGCUUUUAUUGAUGUUUUUUCAUUUAAUGGAAAUGUUAUAAAAUUCUGAGUUAAAGCAAAACACAAACUUAGGUAGUCGGUAAAAAGUAGUUGUAUACUCUUUGUUAAGAGGUAGUUGUAUGCGACUACUCUUUGUUAAGAGGUAGUUGUAUGCGUCUACUCUUUGUUAAGAGGUAGUUGUAUGCGUGAAGUAUGAUAAUUUGCAGCUCUGUAUUAUAAUAGCAGAUCAAUUUAUACCCCUUUUGUCUUCAUGAGACAGAGAAGGACUAAGGCAUAAUUAUCUUUUUGUUGGUAUCCACAUCAGUAUGUAUAUAGUUAGAUCAUAGGAUGUUCAGUUCAAAUCAGGACAUGUUAGUUAUAAAAGAUUUAGAAUGUUUUUAUCCUGUUUCUGUAUGAUUUCUUAAAUUAACUUGAAAUAUUUGACGUCUUGGAUUUUUAAGUGAAGUUCUUUUAAAAAAUAUAAAUUAAUAAAACAUGCUUUCGACUCAUUCAAUCAGUGAGUAAAUGAACAAUUCAAUAUUUAUUCAGACAAACUGAAGUAUGAAUGUACCAUAUUAAUUACUACUUAUAAUCAUGGUAUUUUAGAAGAAGAAGAAGAUGUGGCAUCAUUUUGUCAGCAGCUCUAUACCUGGUGUGCAGUUUGUAAAGUCAAUUCAGUUUCUGCUAAUUUUAUUUUUUUUGAUAGAUUUUUUUUAUUGGUAUUGUAGUCAAUUUUAGUUCAAAACGUGUGAAGGAAAUUUAACAGAUACAGAUAAAUCUGUGUAAAUCAUUAAACAGGAAAAUGGAAUCGAGACCAUACCGCUCGGUGGUUCUUUAGGUUGACAAAGGAAAAUCUAGUACAUGUAGUUAAGUAUUGUUAUGGUGAAAUAGGUAAAGCUUUGUUAACGUGAUAAUAGAAAGUCUGGUCUGAUUAUGAAGUGUUAUGUUGAUGUACCAUUUUCCUGGUAACCAAACUGUUGUGGUUUUAAUUAAUUUGAUAUUGAUUUGUCUACAACCAGGAAGUUUACACUUUCAUACAAAGACCUUGCUAGUGCCAUGUAAUUUAGAUCUCUAACAACAAUGAUACCAGUUAGUUUUAUAAAAAGCCAUUUUUUGUUAAAAGCAUUUACAUUUUGAAACAAACAUAGAUUUACUAUUUAAACCAUGUCAAAAAAAACAACAACAUUAAAACAUAUAUUUGAAAA